AUUUUUUUCACAUUUUUUUAGUAAUAUUUUCAUACAUUCUCUGCAAUAGUUGCUAACAAAGAAACAUGAAAAUCACUUUCUAUUCAAUAUGGCUGUUUAUGUGUUUUACACAUUUAUUUCUUUAUGAUUAUGCGCAAGGAGGUUUCUUUACAAAGUUAAAUCCUUUAAACCUAAUAAAGCAUAAGAAUAAAGAAGACGUAGAAGAUGUAACGAAGAAAACUUAUGACGAUGGACAAUAUCGAUGGAAACCUGACAAAAUAUACGAUGAUGGUCAAUAUAGAUGGAAAUCUAAUGAAACAACAGGAUCUUGGGGUUCCAAUAAUAAAUCUAAUGGAAAAUCAUGGAACACUUCAUCAGGAUUGAACGAUACUUGGAAUUCCAAUCAAGACCUUUAUGGAUCUUUAUGGAAUAAUUCAUCAGGAUUAAACGGUCCAUGGCGUUCCGGGCUACAAUUUAACGGACCAUCAUGGAACAAUUCAUUAAGAGUUGGUCUACCUUGGGGUUCGAAUCAAGCAUCUAAUCAAACAUCCUGGAAUAAUUCUUUAGAACUUGGUCUACCCUGGGGUUCGAAUCAAGAAUCAAAUCGAACAUCAUGGAACAAUUCUUUAGGACUUAGUCUACCUUGGGGUUCCAGUCAAGAAUCUAAUGGGUCAUCGUGGAACAAUUCAUUAAAUCUUGGCCUACCAUGGGGUUCGAAUCAAGAAUCUAAUCGAUCAUCGUGGAGCAAUCUAUUAGGAGUAAAUCUACCUUGGGGAUCGAAUCAAGAAUCAAAUCGUACAUCGUGGAAUAAUUCAUUAAAACUUGGCCUACCAUGGGGUUCGAAUCAAGAGUCUAAUGGAUCAUCGUGGAGCAAUCCAUUAAGAGUAAAUCUACCUUUGGGAUCGAAUCAAGAAUCAAAUCGUACAUCGUGGAAUAAUUCAUUAAAACUUGGCCUACCAUGGGGUUCGAAUCAAGAGUCUAAUGGAUCAUCGUGGAGCAAUCCAUUAAGAGUAAAUCUACCUUUGGGAUCGAAUCAAGAAUCAAAUCGUACAUCGUGGAAUAAUUCAUUAAAACUUGGCCUACCAUGGGGUUCGAAUCAAGAGUCUAAUGGAUCAUCGUGGAGCAAUCCAUUAAGAGUAAAUCUACCUUGGGGUUCUAAUCUAACAUCAUGGAAUAAUUCAUUAAGAUUUGUUCAACCUUGGGAUUCCAGUCGAAUGUAUAAUGUCACAUCAAGAAACAGUUUAGAAGGACUAAGUGUUCCUCGGCAUUCCAAUCAACAAUCUAAUGUAACGCCAUCGGAUACUUCACUAAGGUUUGGUUUGGAUGAAAAAAAUAAUUUAGGAGCAGGCAACGGUUCAAACGAAUGGAAUUCUUGGAAUUCGAAUCCAAGUUCCAAUGGCAUAUCAAACAAUGUAACAUAUCUCCACAGGGUACCUUCUGGUCGGAGUAGGUAUCUGAGAGGUCGAAAUACUACAAGUUGGAUUACUGAAUCGCUUCCCUUGCCUUCUGAAUCUAAAAUGAAAAGUGAAAUAACAUGGAUUAAUAGAACACACCAGAAACCUUUAGAUUUACCGAAAGUGGAGGAAAUAAGUAUUUACCGUCCACCACGCCCUAGGAUAGUAUUACCAUUUGAUUCAGAUAAUUCGAAUCAGUCAUGGGGAAGUGGAGUCUAUUGGAGAAAGGACUUACCUUGGGGUUUAAAACAGCAAUCACUUAUAACCCUUCUUUCAAAUGCAAAUUCCAUACCCGAAAUGAUGAAUAUACUUCAAACAUAUGCCAAGAAAGAUAAUAUUAGAAUUGGCGAACCCAAUAAUGAAAAUUGUACGAGAAUUUGUGUCAGUAAUCCACGUGUAAGAAGACUAGUUAUUGAGACAAACCAAAAGAUAUUUAAAGGUUUUAAGAAAUCAAAGAACCUGAGAGGAAUUCUUAUAUCAUAUUUCAAUGAUACCCACAACAUUAAUAAUUCUUCAUAUUCUCUAAAUAAUCAUCUUAUGGAAAAAAUAUAUACGGUGUAUCCAAAUUUGUCAAUUAAUCAGAAAUUAUAUUUGCAAAGAAACAUUCAACGUCUGCUCUUAGAGUAUAAUUUUGAUUUUGGAAAUAAAAAUUAUGAGAUACUGCAGUUGCAAAUUGUGACGUUUAUUCAAAGGUACUUUGAAAAUAACAUCUUCGAUGACAAUAAGGAGUCACUUAGCGGUGCUGGGGAAAUUAAUUAUUCAUUGUUUGAGAGUAAAUCGAUAGAAAUGUUGAGGAGAAUUAUUGAUUCGCAAGGAAGGAUUUUAAUGAAUGAAGAUGAAUUAAAAAGUUAUGUUCGAAUGGUAUUGUUUAAAAGUGGUAUGAAAUGGCCGAAAUAUAUUAAUCAAAAUUAUCUUCUUGAAUCUGUGUAUAAUAUAAUAAUAACUCAUAAGGGAGAGAAUAUUGUAAAUCUCUAUGAAUUGCAGGGUCAAAUUAUUAAUUUUGUUUCUCGAUUAAAUGAAGAGAAGGAAAUUUCGCUUCAAGUAAAACAACCACAAAUAGAAGUGCGUCUUCCUGGAAUAGAAACAACAAAGUCGGAUUUUUCGGAUGAUGGUCAGAAUUAUACUCCAAGGACAUGGUCGACAGUAUCCUCUAGUAGUGAACCUGAUAUUACAUCAGAAGAAGGUGGACAAACGAGUCCGUCACCUGGUGCAUCUAUCACUCAACCUUCAGUAACGCCAGAAUUAACUAGUCCUGAAAUUGUUAGCUCUGAAGCCACCACUCCCGAAGAAGUCCAUAGCAGUACAAUUUGGCAAAUGAGUUCAUCAUCUAGUGUACCUAGCAGUGAAUCUUCAAUAACUCCAAAAUUAACUAGUCCUAAAGUUGUUUCUUCUGAACCUACAACUCCCGAAGAAGUCCGUAGAACAACAACUAGGGAAAUGAGUUCAUCAUCUAGUGCACCUAGCGCUGAACCAUCAGUAACUGAAAAAUUAACUAGUCCUGAAGUUAUUACUUCUGAACCUACAACUCCCGAAGAAUUCCGUAGCAGCACAUUUGAACAAAGGAGUUCAACAUCAGUUUCAUCUAACACUGAACCUUUAAUAACUCCAGAAUUAACUAGUCCUGAAAUUGUUACUUCUGAAGCCACCACUCUCGAAGAAUUCCGUAGCAGUACAAUUGGGCGAACGAGUUCAACAUCAGUUUCAUCUAACACUGAACCUUUAAUAACUCCAGAAUUAACUAGUCCUGAAAUUGUUACUUCUGAAGCCACCACUCCCGAAGAAUUCCGUAGCAGCACAUUUGAACAAAGGAGUUCAACAUCAGUUUCAUCUAACACUGAACCUUUAAUAACUCCAGAAUUAACUAGUCCUGAAAUUGUUACUUCUGAAGCCACCACUCCCGAAGAAUUCCGUAGCAGUACAAUUGGGCGAACGAGUUCAACAUCAGUUUCAUCUAACACUGAACCUUUAAUAACUCCAGAAUUAACUAGUCCUGAAAUUGUUACUUCUGAAGCCACCACUCCCGAAGAAUUCCGUAGCAGUACAAUUGGGCAAACGAGUUCAACAUCAGUUUCAUCUAACACUGAACCUUUAAUAACUCCAGAAUUUACUAGUCCUGAAAUUGUUACUUCUGAAGCCACCACUCCCGAAGAAUUCCGUAGCAGUACAAUUGGGCAAACUAGUUCAUCACCUGGUGCACCUGAUAUUACAUCAGAAGAAGGUGGACAAACGAGUCCGUCACCUAGUGCAUCUAACAUUCAACCUUUAGUAACGCCAGAAUUAACUAGUCCUGAAAUUGUUAGCUCUGAAGCCACCACUCCCGAAGAAGUCCAUAGCAGUACAAUCUGGCAAAUGAGUUCACCAUCUAGUGUACCUAGCAGUGAAUCUUCAAUAACUUCAGAAUUAACUAGUCCUAAAGUUGUUUCUUCUGAACCAACAACUCCCGAAGAAGACCGUAGCAGCACAUUUGGACAAACUAGUUCAUCAUCUGCUGCACUUAAUACCGAACCUUCAGUAACUCAAAAAUCAACUAGUCCUGAAAUUGUAACUUUUGAAGCCACCACCACCGAAAAAGUCCAUAGCAGUAUAAUUCGACAAACGAGUUCAUCACCAGGCGUACGAUCCACUGCACCAAUUCGAGAAUGGACAGGCCAUAGAAAAUUAACAACAGCUUCACCUCUCACUUCAUCAGUUUCAUCUUUGUCACAGCAUGAUUAUGAACAGAUAAUAGGUAAUGACACAAAGAUCAACGAAAGAUUAACCGAUCUUGAAGAAAAGCCCCAAUCAAUAUACACUGAAACAAAACUACAAGGAAACGAAAAGGAGAAUCUCAUCUCCCACGAUGAAAUUUCCCUUAAAACCGAAUCACCAAUAAUGGCAACACCAGUCUCGACAAUUCUCCUCUCUCCAAAUGUCUCCAUACAAUCAGUUUCUGUCGAAAAGAACGGCAUUGAAUUACCAUGGGAAAAUUUGACAAUCAAUCUCGAGAGAAUUCUUCAAUCACAACAAAUUACCAAACAGAAUUAUCUAUCUAAAAUUACAAUCAUCACAAAAACAAUCACCAAUCUUUUCCCAUCGCUUAAAAUACUAUUCCCCGCCAGUGAAUUCGAAUUAAUCAUCAAGGACAACAUUGGAAUGUCAAUAAGUGAAGGCUACUCGACCGAUAUCAAGAAACUACUAAAUUUCAUCAUCAUGGACAUCAAGAAUAAAUACAAACUCCAAUCGACAGUACAACUAGAUGGUAAAAUAGUCAGUAACAAAUACACCGAACCUGUAAUAGAAAUCAGUUGGACUGAAGUACAAAAGAAUUUGAAUAAAACAUUUGCCACACUUCAUCAGUUCUCCCAAGUUGAUGAAACUAAACUAUCCCAAAAUUUGGUAAACAUAAUGUUUGAAUUUGCUCCCACCAUUGACAGUCACGUGAGUUAUUCAUCAUUUCAAAAUAAAAUAUUAUUCUACUUGAGUGAAUUGAAAAAGCAAGGUUAUACUGAUUUCACCGAUCAGAACGUACAACAGAAAAUUGUCGGCUAUAUGCAAGGACUCAUUAAACUCUAUGCAGAAAGUAUGAAGUACUUGGUCGUGUUCAAUAUCACUCAAUUUGAGAACAUUGACGAUAUAGCGACCAUUGAGAAGCAAAUCAGUAAAGAAGUAAUAAGUUUGAUUUUCGACAUUGGUCCCGAAAAUAUCAGAGAAAACAGCGAUCUACUAAAAGAAGAUAUCAUCGGUAUUCUCGAUAAUUAUGAAAUACAAUGUGUUAUUGAAGUAUACGAUUCUUCAGUGAAAACAUAUUCGGAUUUAAUCUGCCGAGCUGAGAGUCGUAACAGUGUGAUAAUACCCUACGUUCCUCCUCCAUGGGAUAUAAUAUUGAGUUUCCGUUGCUCUGAUUCAUGCAACUCUGCUAGUACACAAAAAGAUGCUGCCUUGUUACAGAGUAAAAUUUAUGAUCUUGUUUCGCAUUUCCUUGCCUACAAUGAUAUAAAAUCUAAUUUUGAAUCAUUGAAAGCUGAAAUAUUGAAAUUGACGGCAAAUUCUGGUUAUGACUUUAAUGUUAUUGUUAGAAGUAAAUUGGAUGGAAAGAGAAAAGUUAUUCUACCAUUCCCUAGAGCUGUAAGAACUGCGGCAAAAUAUUAUAGACUUAAUAGGGAAAUUAGAACUAAUGCUGUGGCUUCGUAUGCAUUCAAUACAACGAUCACUAAUAUUCUUGAUAAUAAAUUGUUCAAUAUGGGACAAAUUAAGACUGGUAUUAAAGCAAUUCUUGAGGAACAUAUUACAAAUGAAAAAGUUGAUAUUGAAGCAAUUAAGAAGGAUAUAAGUGGUGCUAUUUCUACAGCCACCGCUGAUAUGGAAGUUAAUGUUACUAUUAAAAUGAAAGGCAAAUUAUAUCCCUUUACUAUUAAACACCGAGGAAGUGAUCUAAACAAGAGAAGGACGAAGUAACGGAGCUGUUCAAUAACAUCGAAAAUCAAAAAUAAAUUUUUUUGAAAUUCAGAGAAAAUAUUUUAUUCGAACCGUAAAUGCGUGAUUAAAAUAAUUACUGCUUUGUACUUUUUGACAUUUUUUUUUUUUUUUUUUUGCUAAUUAUUUUAUAACUUGAAAAGUUCCUUUCUUCCAGUUAUUAAUUAUUUUCCUAUUCUCUAUUUUUUAAAUUCUUAAUUAUUUAUUAAAUAAUUAUGUAAAAAAAUAUAAUAAUAAUUUACUAAAUAAAAAAAAUUAUUGCAAUGAUUUUAAUCAAAUUAACAUUACGAGUGAAUUUAGUAUAAUUUAGAUAAGAAAAUUUUGUCCUAAAUUUUUUACUCGAAUCUGCAAAAAAAAAAAUUUUCAAUUCGAAAUUUUAUAUUUAAUUUCUCUUUAAUGUAUAAAGAAAUUGAAAUAUAAUUCGAAAAAUCAUUGCACAUAUUUGUCGUCGAAUUUGUUGAUUUUAUAAUUACUGUAUACUAUCAUAAAUUUUUUGAUAAAAUUAAAAUAUUUAUGUAUUUUAUCGCACUUGUAUUACUUGAAUAAAAGGCACCUUUAAAAGAAUUUAAA